CAUCUUUCCACCUUCUCAAUCCCAGCGUAUACACAGCAGCGCAAAACCGGCAGCACAUGUAGCGAUGGCGACCGCAAUACCCUCUAUAGCCUGCCUAGGUGUUAUAGGGCGAAAUAACAACCCCCUCCACAUAACCAUAUUCCCCUCCUACGACCCCGCGAGCAACACCCGCGCCCCCCUGCGCACGCCCCUGCAAUUCUCCCUCCUCCUCAGCAGCACCCUCGACAUCUUCGAAACGCGCGCCCGCCGCGCCGGCGCCGCACCCACAGCCGGUGCCCCCACCGCCGCCGCAGCCACCACCACCCCAACCCCCAAUCUCACCGGCGAUUUCGGCCUCCUGCACGCCGUGGACGAGCGCCUGGCCGCGUACGGCUUCGAGACGAACACGGGCGUCAAGUUCGUCGCCGUAGUCGACAUGCGGGGCCGCGUGGCCGGAAGCAGCGCCGCGGGGGUCGUCAGGGGCGGCGUUGGGCUGAGGGACACGGAGCUGCGCGUCGUGUUUCGCGCCAUGCAGACUGCCUAUGUUCGGCUGCUGCAGAAUCCGUUUUACGACCCGGACGAGCAUGCGCCGCUGGUGUUGCCGCUGGGCGGCGGCGUGGGGGGCAAGAGGAUUACGAGUCGGAAGUUUGCGGACGAGAUGAGGCGGAUUGGGGAGGGGUGGGCGCCGGGGCUGAUGAGUUUGUAGUUGGGUGGAAGGGUAUACAUAGGGGAGAAGGGGAAGGGGGAAGAUGAAGGGCGAGUUUGGGUUUGGGAGAGCGUGACUGCUCGAAUGCGCAUGCAUGUAUAGUGG